CAUCAGGAGCAGCGGCCGCCGCCGGGGUGACGAGAGCUGUCGUCUUGUUUAUUUCACACCAGGUAAACUUGCCUCCACAAUGUCGGGAUUUGACAACAACCCCUUCGUCGACCCAGUGGACGUGAAUCCCUUCCAGGAUGCCUCAAUCACACAAGCCACCAGCGGAAUCACUGAAAGCGUGGGGGAGUUCAACCCGUUCUCUGCGACAGAAAUGGGAAAACACUCUGACACCACCAUCCCCAUCUCCGCUGCCUCGUCUCAACCCGCCAUCCUGCAGACCUCCGUGGAGCAGAGCGCACAAGCAAGUGUAGCUGCUGGCCAGGCCAACCUGGUCAAACAGCAGGAGGAGCUGGAGAGGAAGGCCGCUGAGCUGGAGCGGAAGGAGCAGGAGCUGCAGAACAGGAGCGGAGGCAGGGCGCUCAAUGCUGGCGCUAAAGAGAACAACUGGCCGCCUCUUCCCAAGUUCUUCCCUGUGAACCCCUGCUUCUACCAGGACUUUGAGGAGGAAAUCCCUGAGGAGUACCGCAGGAUCUGCAAGAGAAUGUAUUACCUCUGGAUGUUCCACAGCGCCACCCUCUUCCUCAACGUGCUGGCCUGCCUCGCUUACUUCACUGCAGACUCUCAGUACGGCGUCGACUUCGGCCUGUCCAUCCUCUGGUUCAUCCUCUUCACCCCCGUGUCCUUCAUCUGUUGGUACAGGCCCGUCUACAAGGCCUUCAGGUCUGACAGCUCCUUCAGCUUCUUCUUCUUCUUCUUUGUCUUCUUCUUCCAAGUGGCAGUGUACAUCAUCCAGACUGUAGGGAUCCCCAAGUGGGGAAACAGUGGGUGGAUCUCAUCCAUCAGCAUGAUCAGCACAAACUUGGCCGUGGCUGUGGUUAUGAUGGUGGUGGCCGGUUUCUUCACUGUAAACGCUGUCCUGGCUGUCAUCCUGCUGAAAAUGGUCCACUCUAAGUACAGACGGACGGGUGCCAGCUUCUCCAAGGCCCAGCAGGAGUUCUCCCAAGGAGUCCUGACCAACCGGACUGUCCAGACUGCUGCAGCAAGCGCUGCCACCUCCGCUGCCCAGGGAGCCUUUGGCAGGAGUCAGGGAAAUUAGCUCGUCUCCCUCAUCCGUAGUACCUCAGGCUAGUCUCCUCUCCGACAGACGUACCAGACUAGCCAUGUCCUGACAUUCUUCAGUGGGUUUAGGGGAUGAGAGUUUGAUUAUUUAAUGAAAUGGGCCAGAAAACAAGUAACUUAUUAUGAGGGAAAAUUCUAGCGAGGUGUCCCCUUUCUCCACUUAUAAACUUUUCACAGGCUAUGGUACAAUACAGAAGACAAGCAUGUAAUGACUUGCACAUGUCUUCAUCGUUAUUGAACCCUCAUCAGUAUACAGCGUGUUCACAAUCCAUGCUAUCAGAAGCUGCUCUUGGAAAUGGAGGAAAUCACAAACUGAAGUUGAAUUAAACGAGGCCGAAACGGAAGCAGAGUGAGGACGAUGCAAAUUAGCAAUAGCUGCGACCACGUAUGUGCAUGCAACCACGCGUUCAUGCAUUCUCACACACACACACACACAACCUCACAAGGCGUGAACAGUCAACCAGCUGUCCUUUGGCUCAGGACCAACCUGUCCUUCAAAUCUUGUGCAAAUCUGUGAAUCUAUUUGGAAGUUAUGCUCUUUGUGAUAGAC